AUGUUUCCAAACGAAAUUUUUGGAAAGAGUAUUAAUCCACUAAUACAUUCAUUGAACGAAUUAAAUAUUAAAACUGACAAUAACAGUUUAUUAAUGAUAGAUAAUCACUCUUAUGAUGAUCUAUUCGAUGUAUUAGCACCUACACCACUGGGAAUUGGCAUUGAAGCUUGUUCAGCUACUAAUAUCACCAACGUUGAAGUCAUAUCAUUGUCAAGUACAAUCCAAACCUCUAAUUCUUUAUCUCAUCUCGAUUCGAACAACGUAUCAUUGGUAUUUUCACCUGCUGAACAAGAUAUUAAUAUAGACAUGUCCUUAGAAUCCGCUCUCGAUAGUAUGGAAUAUUUAUCUGUAUCAAAUAACACCGAUACAAUUGAAACGUUAGAAGAAAUACCAAAUUCCAUGUUAAAUUCUCUUAAUGAAUUAUCGACAAGUAAUGAUUCAGUUGGCAGUACACCAACGGAAGAUCCAAUUACUGAUAAUGCACAAAUAACGAAAAAGGCUAUUUUAACAACACAGUAUAUAAAUCCAUCCGAAACGAAAAUUUCAAAAAAAAUGAAACAACUUCAGUUUGAUGGUAUUUAUCAAUACGACACUCAGAAAUCCGUUCAAAUUCAAAUAACUAAUCAGCCGCGAAAAGAAUAUCGUCCACGAACAUUAAAUGAAAGCAAAACAUCAGCUCAUUAUAUACGCUGUGAACAUGGAGACACGGCAGAUUAUCCAACUAUCAAAAUUGAUCAACGAUGGCGAUCAGCAAAUUUCAAUUAUAUUGAAGUAUCUCUUAAAGCAGUUGAUAGUACACCUCAUCCAUAUCGUAUCGAUAAUAGAUCAUGCGACACUCGAUUGUCUCCGGGCCAGUUUGAUCGUAUCAUAAAAGAUGAACCAAACAAUUUAUUAUACUUUCCAGUGACUGAAGAAGAUUUUGUCAAAGGUUUCAAAACAUUUCAAGUGGAAUUAAUUAAAAGUCUUCAAAGCGAUACUAUUACAAAAGAGUUAAUAAAAGCGAAACAGCUAGAUAAAUCAUAUUUAGUAUUUACUCGAUGUUAUAUUGGUCAAUACGGUGUUGAACGAGAUCAAGACACAAUGGCACAGAGCAAUUGCAUGACAGAAGGUUAUGGAUCUGUUGAAGUGGACAUCUACACACCAACCACUGGAGCAUCUCAAGAAUAUAGUUCAAACUGGAGUCAUAAGAUUGUUAAUUUUACAAAAAAUGGUAAUUGUGUCUAUUUUAAUGCACCGCCUUAUCAGCAAUUAGUUGGUACAGCUACAGUGGAUAUCGUUGUGUCAUAUCAAGAAGAAGAAAUUGCUAGUUUACCCUAUACGUACAAUGAGUCAUCUAUACCCAGUUCAACAAUGAGCAUAGAUCAGUUAGGACUGAUGAUGAGUCCAUCUUGUCAAAUAUCAACUACUACUAAUAAACGUACAAAACGAUUACAACCACCGAUGAAAUCCAAACUAAGAAUUUGA